GACGUUCACGCGAGCCAUGACAUUUCAGUUGUAUGCGUAGAGCGGCCAGCAACAUACGUCGCUUCUGUGGAGGUAGGAUGGAGCUGGUGUGAGUGGCUGGACUGGGAGAACAUAUCCAGUUAUGUCGGGUUCCUAGUGAGGGUUUUAGGGAACGUGAAGGCUGUUCGGGACGUUCCCGUUCCCUGGGACGAAGCAGAAGCAGCCUCGCGGCGGUGACACCAGCCAACGGCCAAGCGUCACAAGUGUCAGAGACAUCGAUAAACCCGCUCAGACUUGACUGUUUCCUGCUUUUCUCCAGCCUGGACGGGUUUUCUAACUAGCUUUUCCUCCAAACGCACGGUUACAAUGCCUGAGGCCCUUCUGCCUGAACCUUCUCCCUGCAAAGAUCUUCUGGCUUUUCUUGUUUCCCAGCCUUUCUUUGCCUCUCACAAAGGUGCAGGAGGUUUUUAGAUCUAUCAUGUAGCGGAUGUUGACCUCCUCUCUGUCAGUGAAAGGAUCACAGAAAAAUCCCUGCUAAGGCGCUGCCGUUAGGUUACCAGGUCUAUGUUGUUCGGCCUCCCACCGAGCAUCUCUACCUCCCCAUCAGCACCUCAGUACCAUGCUCGGUGGACUCUUGCUGCGGAGGAACAUGUCCCAGAAGCUGAGUUUACUGCUGCUGGUGUUCGGCCUGGCGUGGGGAUUGAUGCUACUUCGCUACACCAUACAGCAGCCUCGCCACGAAAGCAGCGCUGAGUUGCGUGAGCAGAUUCUGGAGUUGAGUCGGAGAUAUGUCAAGGUCCUGACGGAGGAGAACCAGAAUGCACCAGGUGGUCCACAAGGAACUUCCAUGGCAGGAUAUGCAGAUCUGAAGAGGACCAUAGCCGUGCUGCUAGAUGACAUUCUUACACGACUCAUCAAACUGGAGGGGAAAAUUGAACUGGUGGUUAAUGUCUCUGCUGCUAAUACUUCCCACUCUUCAGCGGGAAUCCUGGCCUCUGUUCCCAUUGGCCUGCAGAAAGUUCCGAAGCAAGAGGCUCCUGAUUCCCACCCUGGAAUGUCACGCUUUCACCCGCACGUCCCCAACAGACGACGACCACUUUAAGAAGAACUUUUUUAGCUCUUUGCUUUUAGGCACGCUACACUUUCCCUUCAUUUAGGGCUGAUGAAACAUCAUAAAGCAGAAAGAAGAUUUGGGGACUUCCACAAAACUAAACUUGAGAUGCACCUGAGCAACAACAAAAGAGGACCCUUUGCUCGUCAUACUCACGUUUUUAUAAUUGCCUUGCAGAACUUUUUUUUUUUUUGCUUACAUAAUUUUAUUUUUUUAACCAUAUAACCUUUUGAAUCUGGUGACUUGUUACAUGAAAUGCAACCAGCAAACGCUUCUAGUAGAAACCAAAACUGCAUUUCAAUAGAAACAGACUUUAAAUUCUUCCUGCCUGCAUCAUAACUGGUUCUACUGGACCGUAUGGACAUGGGGAAGAUGCUGAGCUGAACCGUAUGCUGAUGAUGUUGUUGUUUUAGUUGUUUUAGGGCACACGGUGGAUAUGAUUAGGAAUAAAGAAACAUUAUAGGAUACAACCCAAAGAAUAUUAUUUGCACUUAAUCAAAGGCAAUAUACACAUGCUCUAUCUUUUUCUUUUGAGAGCGUUCUAGCUGUAUUCCAGUGUGCCGUUCCAGUCGGUUUUCAUUUUGAACAUGAGGAACGUUGGAUGUACUCCAGUCUUCAGACUGGACUGCUAUUGGGAGGGCUCGUGUGUUCAGGGUUUGUGUUGCACUGUGACUUUAAAGAUUUUCUAAAAAUACUGACAUCGUCUAACUUUAGAAAUGUGUUCAAGAGCGAGUGGACUUCAGCCUCUGGAGGAUUCUCGCUCCCCUCUAUCUUGGUCCUUGACGAACUGAUUAAUUCACUCAGCAGGUCUUUCAGAGAUGAUUCUCAUUAGAAAUCUUUUGAUGGUGACGUUUUCCUGCUGCAGGCGGGAGCAAUGCUUAUGUCACAGAUGCUUGUGACUAGUGUGGGUCACAAAACCUUCAAUGAAAUAAACUUUGCUUCACUGUGUUUUUUUUUCUGAAUUAAUAUUCAAUCGGAAUUUUUGAAAUCUAUGAAAAUCCUUAAAAUGUAUUGGGGUGUUUUUGAAGUUUUGAAAGUUCAGGAAUCUUUAGCAAAGAGCUUGAAAGUCAAACCAGUUAUGGGAAAAGAAAUAGAAGGGUUUAAAACAGCUCUGUCUUGUUAUGUUUGUGUAAUCGCCACUGUAAGAUGCUGGGAAACCUUGAAUGCUUGCCUUGAAAGUGCUUGAAUUUGACUUGGGCAAAUGUGUAAAAGGCUUGUGGAGUCCAAGUCAUGGGUGCUUGGGAAGCUUUACAUCUAGAGAUGCAUCAAGGUUUGGCGGGUAAUGAGGUAAGCUUAAUUUGCAAUCAGCCAAUCUGAAAUUCAUAAACUGGUUCAUUUUUACGGUCAGUGAAUGUGUCAUCGUCAAGUAGCAAUUUAAUAAAAACUCAUAUUUUA